AUGCAUAUGCCCGGAAACGGCUGUACAGCACUUUCGCGGAUCGGUUCCGGACUUGAAGUUCGAGGGAAAUAUCCAAGCACUUCAGGAAUGAGCACCUCUUACCCCUCGGAUAUCGACUUUCGAUUGGUCCAAGUCACGCACAAGACCAGAGUGCCCAAGUGCGCCGCCUUCUCAUUAUCAUUACUGCAACAGGAAACCGACCGACGCCCGUUAUGUCUGCAUACACUUCCACCGCCUGGAACGCCGGUUGAAGACAUCGAAAAGACGAUCACGACAUCCAAAACCAACCCGGAUAAAAAUGCCGUCGGUCGGUUGAUUAGCGUUGCGGAAAUCAUCAAACGUAACUUCACUGGUGAUGGUGGUAGUAGGCCCUCUAAGCGACAAAAAACAGACCCGAAUGAUUCGGCUCAGGUCUCAUCUAAUGAGCUUCAUCAAUACAAUCAAUACGGAUCUCUCGAAAACUUGAUUCUCGAACGAUCCAAAUCAGCCGAGCUCUCGGAGAGUCAGAAAAAGGCAUCUCUCAUGGCCCGGCAAGACAAAAUCAUGCAAGAAUUUCUCAGCGAAGAACGUAAAAGACCCAGACAAUCCCACACUCCUUGGCUGAAGAUUUAUCUCUCGCGGACGGAGAUUCAAUCGCUGGCAAACCUACCCAAUGUCUUUUACCAACAACCUUCAAUGGCAACAGAGGCUCCGACCAAUGACACUAUGACUCUAUCAGGACUUUCUGCACUGGGCUCAACUCUGGUAAACCCACAAGAAGAGAUAUUAGAAGAAGAGCAGGACAUUGCACCGGUUUGAUUCUAGUUCCAGAAAUAUACACCGUCCCGGACAGCUUAUCCAUGGGUUCUGGUUCGCCUUUGAAGGUAUUCAACCUGCCUUUCUUCUGGCUCGUCCCCCCUGAAUCUGUCGACCGCGACGCUACUGGAACGUCAGCUUGGUUCCUCCGCAACUUAAUUAGGAUAACCAAGCAGUGAUAGCAAAAACAUAUUGGUCCAAUCUGCCCAUUGAGUUCACGCGGCGCCUGAGAGCCCGAAAUCGACCAUCUCUGAAGCUCACAAAUGAUGAACUUUCUCUCUCAAAUCUGUAUAAAAUCUUUCUCUUUUUUGGUUACAUCAAAUUAACCUGAACCAACUGUUGUAAUGUAGACUAUCUCCAUUGGUUAUGAACUUCAGGAAUCAAGAUAAUGGUAGAUGCAACAAGUCUGUAGUGAAACAUGAUUGAUGCACCAACUCUUA